AAUUCUCACCUAUCAACACUGGCAAAUAUUCACAAGAUUUACCACACCCUCAAUAGGCUGAAUUUGACAGAGGACGUUGGUCAAGACGAUCACCAGACAGGCAUUUGGCUGAUGGUGGCCUAUUCAGCAGCCAUUUCGAGCCUCUACCUUGCAAAUGCUAGCUUCAAGUGUCAAAAAAACAGUGAGAACUAGGAGGGUUCUGCCAAUCUUGAGUUGAGACCCAGGAGUAAGAAACUUUGAAGAUAAUCACAUCAGAGAUGCUGCACUCGGAGAGAGACUUUCAAAGAUACGAAGAAUAGGUAGUCUCCGGUCUUGCAGUUCAUCAGACUGCUUUAGUAAAGUGAUGCCUCCAAGGAAAAAGAGGAGACCUGCAGCAGGAGAUGAUUUAUCUGCUAAGAAAAGUAGACAUGAUGGUAUGUAUAGAAAAUAUGAUUCGACUAGAAUAAAAGCAGAGGAAGAAGUCUUUUCAAGUAAGAGAUGCUUAGAAUGGUUCUAUGAAUACGCAGGCACUGAUGACAUUGUAGGGCCAGAAGGCAUGGAGAAAUUUUGUGAAGACAUUGGAGUUGAACCAGAAAAUGUAGUUAUGCUUGUACUAGCAUGGAAGUUGGAUGCACAAAACAUGGGCUACUUCACAUUACAAGAAUGGUUAAAAGGAAUGACAUCACUACAAUGUGAUACUACAGAAAAAUUGAGAAAUUCCUUGGAUUAUUUGAGAUCUUUAUUAAAUGAGCCUACCAAUUUUAAACUUAUUUAUAGAUAUGCAUUCGACUUUGCACGGGAAAAGGACCAGCGCAGCCUAGAUAUUAAUACUGCCAAGUGUAUGUUGGGCCUCCUCUUAGGAAAAACAUGGUCCCUUUUUCCAGUAUUUCACCAGUUUCUAGAGCAAUCAAAAUAUAAAGUUAUCAAUAAGGACCAAUGGUGUAAUGUUCUUGAAUUCAGCAGAACAAUCAACCUUGACCUCAGCAAUUAUGAUGAAGAUGGAGCCUGGCCAGUGUUGUUGGAUGAGUUUGUGGAAUGGUAUAAAGGAAAACAGAUGACAUAGGCGUUUAACUAUGCACAGCCACUCAAGAAUCACUGUUACCACAGUUAUGUCAACCAUUAGCCAAUAACUGCUAUUUGUAUCAAAGCGCAUGCUGCUUUCUUGCACUGCAUCCCUUUUGCAGGGAACUUUUGAUGUUUGCUAUUUAACAAGCUAGCUAUGCUUGCUGUGUAGCAUUGUUCUCUUUGAAGGCUGCUUUGCAUUUUGUAUUUACACUACGAAUUGGUGAACUUGCCAGCGUCUUCACUGUGAUAAUGUGUAUAUUGCUGUCUAAAUUUUGUAUAUGUGUAUAAAGAAACCCACUUCACCUAGGGAUUAUUUCUGCACAAAUGUAUUGUAAAAAUAAUUUUGUGGCGUAUUUUUAGUCAUCACUUACAUGUUUGUUGGAACUUUAGUUAUUUUGUUUUUCUUUUGGUCUCAAAUGUAGCAUUUCAGGAAAUGAAAUUAACAGACUGCUUGAACACAGUUAUGUGAAGAACUAUUAUCAAUUUUAAUGUUACUAUUUGAGAUGCCAUUUACUGAGGGGAGAAGACAUGCUGUGACUUUCAUCAUGGGAAUCCGCCAAACCUGACCUAUUGCUUAGUAGGAAUGAAACAUUGAUGUCUUAAAUAUAGAUAUAUAUAUAUAUACACACCUAUAAAUAUUAAAACACUGUAUUAGUUGUACAUGCCACAGAUGAUUUCCAUUUGAAGAAAAAAGUACUGACUUUUUAAUGUUAAAACUGCAGUGGUCAUUAUAGGUAUAAAUGAACAAAUUAAAAUACCUUUUAAAAAUGGGUUUUAGACUUUUGUAAAUUGCCUUUGGUGUUCUUUUUAAUUUUUGGUGUACCAAGAAUGUUUGGUUUAUAUUGCAGUCUAGUGAAACUGAAAGUUCUAGCUAAAAUUAGUGGCUUGGGGAAUAAAGUCUGCUCACUCCUAGCACGUAGAUAAUAUAGAUUUGGGUUUUUUUUGUUCACUUGUAACAUUGUUCUUUCCCAGGGUUUCUAACCUUGCAUUUCUAAGUAAUUAAAAUAUGAUAUCAAAUGGUCAAAACAUUACUUUUUCUUUCAUGCUGGGUAAUUGGAAUUUCCUAGAAGAACGUCCAUUGCAGCCAAUGGGCAUGUUAAACACCAGCAUUCCAGGACAGUACUUCUUAGUAGAGACCACUGCCUACUUGAUGCAUUUCUUUAUCUGAAUAGGACAGUUCUAGUGAUUAUUUUGGGGAAAAUGAGUGAAUGGAAUGAUGCUUAAGUUCUGUAAAUUUGUCACAUUUUCUUUACUUUACCCUUCUUUAUUAAGUAAUGUUAAUGUUGAUUUUUAUAAAUGAGGUCAUUGAAGUAUCCAGUGCUAUUAAACUCUGAUCCCUAAGGGUUUAUUAAAAUGUUCCAUAUUGAUUCACAGAGCAUUUGACAGAAGUGGGGCGGUGGAUGUUUUCUAACGAAGAAUAACAUUACUUUCCUGUAGAAAUGUUUUACAGUGUAGUGGCAGGUUUGAUUUUUCUGUAGAAUGCCAUGUAGGGCAAGGAGGAGAAAGCAUUUUAGGUUGAAUGUGAAAUUUUUCUUUGUAUUGAAGGUCCUAUUCUGCCUUCACUUAAGUCAGGUACAACCGUUAAUAACUUGACUACAUUCACAAUUAAGCCUAGUUUAGCAAAAGCACGUUUGUUUGCUGCCCUGGACCAGGAGGUUGUGAUUGUGUUGCUACAGGUAGUCAGUUUGUCUUCAUAUCUGGUUGUUGUUGAUUUUUGUUUGUCAAACUCGGCUGCCAAAGAGAAAAAUGGUUUCUGUGUGUUUGUGUAUAUUUGUGUAUGGACCUAUACAAUACGAACGCAUAUACAAAACCUAGAAUUUCAUCAUGCUAGAAAAUACUACCUUUCCCCAUGAAAUAGUCAGGUUUGGAUCUCCAUGACACUAAAUAAUAGCACUCUUUAAUAGUGGUAAAACAUACAUAGUCAUUGCUUUUUCAUGUACUUAUACGCAUAACCUUAACUCCAUAUUUCAUGCCAGUUUGCACAAGAAAUUAAUUCAGUGGAGUGUGGUAUUUAAUGUUUACAAUAAGCUCCUUACUAAAUCACACAUGUUUUGUUAAGACUUAAGAUAUAAAUGUGUAUAUUACCAUAAUAUAACCAUAAGGAAAUAUCAGUGGAGCUGCUGCUUUAGUUCUUGAUAGAAUGAACUUAGAAGCAAUGUAACUUUAAGCAUUAGGCUAAAUUGUGCUUGCUAAGAUUUUAAGUGAAAUACUGUAAGUGUUCUUAAGUGUUAGGCUAGUUACUGAUUCUAGAAAACCGUUUAGCACAAAUCGGAAUGGAUACUGCAACAAAUACAGGGUUUACAUAAAGGGUUUUGUAGGUCACAAAUAAUUUGCCUUCCAGUAAUGGAAGCAGGAGCCAAAGACACUCUUAAUCUAUUACGGUUGUAGAUGUAGCUUUCAUAUAACAGGGUCAGCAGAAAUCUGUUCAUUCAUCCAAGUGUUCUUCUUCCAAGUUUUGCUAACAUUUAGCAGAAUAACAGAAUUUAAUUAAAAGUAAAGAAAACAGAGGAGAAGAAAUCUCAGAAAGUACUCACGCUGUAUGAGUAAACUAACUCCUCAUUUUUUACUUUAGAUAAAAGUAAACAGGAGUGGUGGAAAGGAAGAAUGUGUUUGGAAAUUAGUCCAGGAUGAGUCUGUAGUCUUCAGCUUCAUAAAAUAAACCCCAAAUUCAGUUGCAGCUAGUAGAUAGCUUUACUGACAUCUAUAGAGAACAAAUGGACUGAAAUGGACUGUAUGGCUUGAUAAGCUUCCCUGUGCUAUUGAUCCUUCUAUUUUAGAUAGAUAUGCUGAUAGACAGAGGAUCCUAACAUGCUAGCUCUUGUAUUUUGGAGAAACUUUUUUUUUUUUUAAAUAAUUACAGAAACUUAGCUAAGCUAUUGUGUUUACUUUGUAUUUAAUACAAGUUUGGUGCUUGUUUUUUUGCUUUCAUGCCAUCAUACCGCUGAUGUAGGAUGUUUUUUUCUUUUUGAAAAGUAAUGUACAGAAUAUGCUGACUUCUUGGACAAGACACUGAGAGGUCAUUCUGGCAGAAGCUUUGCAGGUCUUAGACUAAUCUUUCUGGUGUACUGUUACUGUCCUUAUAGCAGAAACUGGAUGAUCUAUGCACAAUUCAUGCUUGUAUUCAGUAGAUGUAGAGUGGAAAGCCAGUUAGUGAAAGGAAAAGAGCAUCCAGAGACUAUAGCAGUGGACACUGAAAAACAUUUGGGGUGACUUAUUAGAAUAACUGCAGACAAUACUAGUAACAGAAAGUUCCACAAAUUACAAGUCAUUCUACUGCAAUAUAAUGUUAAGUAUUUAAAAUAUUAAUAUAAUUCUAUUACUGUUAUUUUUUUCACUUCUUCAAUUUUCAAGGAAGGCAAGCUGAAGAUGGAAUUGAUUGGAAUCUUUUAUGUACUUGAGUUUUCAUUUAAAACCUGUUUAAGAUUGUCUUUAAGCUACAAUAAAUAUUUGGGUCACCUUUGUGUAGCCUUUUUAAAUAUUCAUAGAGAACUGGAGACUUAUCCCGUUUUACCACAACUACCUGCGUUUUAUUUCAUCACAAACAUGUUCACACAAUCAAAAUUGGUUGUAGCUCAUUGAUAAUUGGUUAAUGUCCCAAAGUUGUUUUUUUGGAGUGCAAGAAGUGGACUUAAGUUAUAUUAAAAUUUGCACAGAUUUCUGGUGACCCUUGGUCACAAGUCUAACAAAUUGUUUUAUACUCUUAGAAUUCAUAUAGACAACUUUAAACGUUAGCUUGUGCCGUGGUUUUAAUUACAGCUGCUAAAAUACCUCUUUCUAGGCCUUAGAUUUUUGUGCUUUCGUAUUGCUGUAAAAGUGUACAGAAUCCAUCCACCAACUAGAUAGUGUGUUGUCUGAAACUGAGACCAAAACUUGGCUUGAUAAUUAUUUUUGUUUGGCUUUAUUUUUAUUUUUUCCCCUUUCUGUGUGUUUGAGAGUAUGUGUGUUGACAAAAAUAGUAUCUACUGACACUGCUGUUGCAGGAACAGCAGUUAACCUGUAACUGUGAAUCCUUUAUGUCUUAGUUAUUAGGAUAUUAACAUACAUAAGGUUUGCUAAACUCCCGUGAUUUCUGACCUUAUGAG